UAUGCGAGAGACAAUUUAACCUCUACAUUAGUUGGCUUGCUCCUCUUGUCAACAGCAACAUAUAUCCACAAUCCAAGAAUGCCAUAUAGUAUACCACGCCCUUUAUCAAUCCCACAAUUAACAAGACGCUAAACAGGAAAUUAAACACAUUUUCUUCUGCCUCUUCUCCGAUGUGAUGCAUGCUGGCACCUUGCACAACGUCUCCAAGGACUUUUAAGCGUGACAGCUGAAGGAACUUGUUUUAACUUGGACUGCUCUAAGAGUCCAUGUUAUCUGAGAAACCUAAUCAAAGAUAGGCAUAGAGACACCUCGUCUUUUGCUAAGUGAAAUGGCAUUUUUUUAUAUACUGUCAGUGAUACUGCUGGUGAUUUUUACUGCUUCAUUCAUAAUAGCAAUUACGACAACAAUUCAAUCUGACUACUCCAAUGUCAGUAUCCCUCCUGGAGUGAAUCAUCCUGGAAAGCUUCGAAUUGUCCUUGCUUUUAUGAUUAGUACAUCUGCUAUGGGGAAGAUUUUGGAGAAGAUGGGGGUGUGCACAAAGAUCGCCUUCACCCGCUACAUGCGCUCCGGGAGGAAGCUGGGGCCGGACCCGCAGCUCUCGCUAGUGGACGCGCGGUUUGGCCGGGUGCCGGUGAGGCUCUACCGGCCCCGGGCGCCAUCUGCCGGCCUGCGGCCGGGCGCCAUCUUCUUCCACGGCGGCGGCUGGCUGUACUGCAGCAUCGACUCCCAUGAAAACAUCUGCCGUUACAUCGCCAAAGAAAGCGAGUCGGUGGUUGUGUCUGUUGGGUACCGUUUAGCUCCUGAACACAAAUACCCUGCUGCGUAUGAAGACUGUCUUAAUGCUACCAUACACUUCAUGAGGAACACAGAGCACUAUGGGGUGGACCCUGCCCGUAUAAGUGUCUGUGGGGACAGUGCAGGGGGCAAUCUAGCAGCUGCUGUUAGCCAGACCCUGGCAGGUAGAUCAGACCUCCCAAAGCUACGUGCUCAGAUCUUGAUCUACCCAGGCCUUCAGGCACUGGACUUCAAUUUACCAUCCUAUCAGCAAAAUCAGGGAGUCCCUCUCUUAUUCCGAGAACGUGCUGCUUUUUUUGCUUUGCAGUACCUAAAUGGGGAUGCAUCACAUAUGCAAGAGGUCUUGAAGGGCUCUCAUAUUCCUCCAGAUAUGAGGAUGAAGUACAGGAAGUGGGUGAGUCCAGACAACAUCCCUGAAAAAUUUAAGGCCAGAGGCUACAAACCACACAAACCUCAUGAAUUCAAGGCUGAAGUUUUUGAGAAAUUUAAAAGGAUUUUUGAGCCCAGCCUGUGUCCCCUGCUAGCUGAAGAUGCUGUUAUUCAGCAGCUGCCAGAGUCUUUCAUCUUGACUUGCGAGUAUGAUGUGCUGAGGGAUGACGGCUUGCUGUACAAGAAGAGACUGGAGGACAAUGGAGUUCGAGUGACCUGGUACCACCUUGAGGAUGGAUUCCAUGGAAUCAUGAGCCUAUAUGGUUAUCGUGUUUUGAAAUUUCCAUCUGCAAAAAGAGGACUGGACAGAAUUGUUAAAUUCCUAAAAGGCCUGUAGAAACAACUUUCAUUGGUUAUGUUUCUCUAUCUGAGAAAUCAGUGGAUGCUCCCAAAUCUUGGAUAGUAAUUGUCAGCAAAAAUGUGAUACCCCUUGGUGUAAAAAUAUCAAUUUUGAAAUGAGUGAACUUCAAAUCCCAUCUGAACAGUGGUCUUUGUCCUCGUGAGACUAUUGACAGUUUAGCCUUUACGGUUUUAGUAUUUUCCACAGGCUGUUUUUCAAUUUCCCAUCAAAACAGCAUGUGAUUGAUUCUUUGUGUUUAAUUAAAGGAUGAUUUAUGUCCCUGUAAACAUUUUUCAUGGAAUGAUUUGGAUUAAAUAACUCCUGUGAAUUA